GUGAGAAAUGCCAACAUGGAACCGUGGCAAGGACGAUGUUCUUCCCAACAAUAACAUUGAAAGGGACGCCUGGAUUCAUCCUAUGUCGUGCAUCCACAAUCCGGACACUUUAAUCAAUAUUCACACGAGUGUUUACAAACCGUGGCAAUACUUCCGCCUUCUUCUGACCUGCGCACCAACCAAUGGUCUCCAUAAGCGACAAAGCGGUGGCCACUGCUAAUGAAUCGUUUGCGGACCAUGCCUUGGCCACCCUGCCCUUCGCGGAGGUGGGCGGCAGCGAGAGCAGCGAGCGGGGCAGCUCCAUCUCCUGCUCUAGCCCCGAAACCGGAGAUGUUGGAGCUCGACUCUGCUUCAGCCCCGGGGAGGAAGACGACGACGAAGGCCCUUUGCAGAUCUUCCUAGACUCCGCAGAGGAGCUAUUAACCCAGAUACCCAAGAUGCCUGAUUUUAUACCCCAGCUCUCCAGCAACUUCUCCCCAACCCUGGAGGACAUCGAGGAGUUUUUAAUGGAGAAGAUGGAGCUGCAUGCUCCUCUGAGUCCAGAGGAGAAGUCAAAAGAGGAUGACGCUCCCAUACCGCCGUCUUCCCCUGGCGAAUCUGAGGAGAAAUUCAGCAUGAUGGCAACGUCUCCGACGACUCAAAGUGUUAAUGCUACAGCUAGUGCCACAUCGGUGCUUGUUGGUGCUCCAUUUGUACUUCAAUUGCAACCUCUCCAGCUAAGCCAUGCCCUCCCGCAGUCAGACAACCAAUCGGGUAUGGCCAGUGGGCUCCGCGUGGCCCACCUGGUGCUCGGUGUCCAAGGGGCACAGAACAUUACGCUUCUUUCACCGCAGGUGCCGUCUGCAACUCUUCUGCCCAUCGUAGGUGAAGCCGUCAACCAAGACCAAAAGUAUGUGAAGAUCGCUCCGCUGCCCAUUGCCGUCAGGGCGGUCGGAAUCGCGGGCGCAGGCCUAGUCAAAGCCAUCACUCCACGUCCAUCCAGGUCCACAACGGAAACCUUGCGGGUACAUAAAUGCUCUCACCCAGGGUGUGAGAAGAUGUACACUAAGAGCAGCCAUCUGAAGGCCCACUUCCGCAGACACACGGGAGAGAAACCCUACCUGUGCAGCUGGCCCGACUGCGGCUGGAGGUUUUCUCGUUCUGAUGAGCUGUCCCGCCAUCGACGCUCUCACUCGGGAGUCAAGCCUUACGAGUGCACAAUGUGCGACAAAAAGUUCGCCAGGAGCGACCACCUAUCCAAACACACUAAAGUGCACCGGGGUCCCCGCGCCGGCAGACUGGUCCGAGCAAACGUCUGACCCCCUCCCCGGCCCCGAAAAAACCCACCGUGUGUGAUUCCUGGAGUCUGAGAGGGAACGCUACGAUAUCUAAAUGAGCUCACAAGCUGAAACCCUUCGCCUUCAUUUACGUCUGUUUCCUCCCUUCUCCCCCCUUUUUUUAAAAUCGUUUCUCCAGAUGUUUGUUUUCCUUGGUGCUACAGUCAGCUAACUUGAAACUCAGGGAUGUGAUUGUUAAGCUCAAAUGCAGAUUUCUGGCUUUUCGGUGGGCUGAAGUAAAGUCGAGUUGCAUGCGGCGGAUUACCUCCGAUUGCCUAUAACCUGAGUUUGCAGGUAGUCUAAAUGGCAAUAUAAUCUGAGGAUAAUCCGUGUUUCUUGUAUAUUUUGUGAAUACUGUGUUAUAGAUCUAACCGGGUAAAGAUAUAAAUAAGGAAUCCAGUAUUUGUUUGUGUUUUGGUUUGGCUGUUGAGCGUAAAAAAACCGAAGCCAGAAUGCUGCAGAAUUUCCCUUCCCUUUGAAAUUAAAACAAUAUGCACUAUGAUUUAGGCUAUUAUGUUAUGCAAUAUCAGACAUGGCCUCUAUCUGGGUGAAUCUCAAGGAGAAAUGUCAAGAAAUGCAAUAUUUAGUCAUGUUUACUGGAAGUAAAUGCGUUAAAUAUAUGUAAUAAUAAGUCGUUAUAAAAUAUGUUAGACUUUACUAGACAUUUUUGACAUGGGUGUUUCCCAGUACUGGGUUGUGGCUGGGAUAUGCCAGAGUAGUUGGUGGUUCAUUCCACUGUGGCGACCCCUAAUAAAUCAGGGACUACGUUGUAGGAAAAUGAAAGAAUGAACAAAAAAAACAUAUCAUAUUGCGCAAUACAAAUCUCAUUAUGCUAUUCCAUAAUAUCAGUGGUGGAUACUGAAUCAUACUUGGGUAAAAGUACUAUUACUUGCCUAAAAAUGUAGCGCAAGUAGAGUAAAAGUAUCUGUUGUGAAUAUUACUUGAAGAAUGAGUAAAAAGUAGACCUUUCAAAAGUACCCAAGAGUAGUGAGUAUUGCGCUUUAAAAAGCUGAUGCAUAUACAUGUAAUUUGUGGAUGUGUGUAAACGUAACAUUCUGUAGUGCAUCUAGUUAUUGUUACGUAUAAGAUACGGGGGAAGGAUCCAAAGUGCAAGUAAAAAAUGUUUAUUUGACACAGUCAAAAUAACCAGACAGGACAGGGAAAAAUGAGUGAGAGAACGAGGGGUAAGGGUGGUAGCAACCGGGAGACAGACAGACGAUAAUCAGGUCCAGCAGACACUCCUCACAGUCCUGAGCACAGACAGACAUACAUGAGCAAACACAACGAACUGACAAGGAAACAUAGAACUGUAGCCCAGAUAUAGACCCACAAAUGAACCUCAGCUGUCGAGCUAAUCAAAACAGCUGAGUAUCGGCAUGACACGUGACCAUAACAAAUACACGUAGACAACCAAAACAAAACAAACCCACGUGACAAAACAGACGCUCCGGAAAGCGCACAAACCUGCAAUCGUGACAGUACCCUUCCUCUUAAGAGCACCUCCUGGUGCUCCCAGAAGAGCUUACCUGGCGAUUGUAAUCAUCGAUAAGAGAGUGAUCCAAUAUGUCCCUAGCAGGAACCCAACUUCUCUCCUCUGGACCGUAACCUUCCCAGUCCACCAAGUACUGAAAUCCUCGCCCCCUCCGUCUCGAAUCCAGAAUGCGCUUAACCGAAUAAACGGUCUCCCCAUCUACGAGACGCGGCGGGGGAGGGACCGGUGUAGGCGGAUUAAUGGCCGCAUGAAAAACGGGCUUUAAUUUGGAGACAUGAAACACGGGAUGUAUUCUCCUGUACGUUGGAGGAAGUUUGAGGCGGACUGCCACCGGACUAAUGAUUUUGAUGACAGUGAACGGGCCAAUAAAUUUAGGUGCAAGUUUAUUACAUACGGAACGCAAGGGAAUAUUCUUGGUUGAAAGCCACACUUUUUGACCGACGACGUAAACGGGAGGCUUAGACCGGUGGCGAUCGGCUUUAGCCUUGGUGCGCGCACCCACUUGGAGGAGGGUCUGUCUGGCCCUGUUCCAAGUGCGUCGACACCUCUGGACAAAGGCGUGGGCGGAGGGGACCGCGACUUCGGAUUCCAGACUGGGAAAAGCUGGUGGCUGGUAACCUAAACUACACUGAAACGGAGAGAGGCCCGUGGCAGACACUGGUAAUGAGUUGUGUGCGUACUCCACCCAAGGGAGUUGCUGACUCCAAGAGGUGGGAUUCUGGGAAACCAAACAACGUAACAUGCGCUCGAGAUCUUGGUUGGCCCUUUCGGUCUGUCCGUUACUCUGAGGAUGGAAACCAGAAGAAAGACUUACAGUCGCCCCCAAUAACCGACAAAAUUCUCUCCAAAAUUUAGAGACAAACUGAGGCCCCCUGUCAGAAACCACGUCCGUCGGGAGGCCAUGAAUGCGAAAGACGUGAUUAAUGACAGCAUCCGCUGUCUCUCUGGCUGAGGGUAAUUUGGGCAGAGGAAUAAAAUGAGUGGCCUUCGAGAACCGGUCCACUACGGUCAAAACAGCCGUAUUGCCACCAGAUGGCGGGAGACCUGUGACAAAAUCUAGCGAAAUGUGCGACCAGGGUCUCGAAGGCACUGACAGAGGAUGAAGGAGUCCAGCGGGAGGUCGAUUAGAAGUCUUAGAAACAGCACAAACAGAACAGGCCAAAACAAACUCACGUAUGUCCCGUGCCAUAGCUGGCCACCAGAAUCGCUGUUUAACCAAAAAUAUAGUACGACUCACCCCAGGAUGACAAGCCACUUUGGAGGAAUGCCCCCAUCGAAUGACGUCAGACCGAAUCUCCUCCGGCACAAACAAGCGGCUGGGUGGGCAUCCGGCCGGGGGCGUUACCCCAUCCAGGGCUGUGCGAACCCUGCUCUCGAUUUCCCAUGUUACCGCAGAAAUACAAAUCUUCUGAGGAACGAUGGUUUCAAGAGUCGUAUUGCGCUCGGAAAAAUCAAAAAGACGGGAUAACGCAUCGGGUUUGAUGUUUUUAGAACCCGGUCGAUAAGAGAUGGUAAAGUCGAAACGUCCGAAAAAUAAUGCCCACCGAGCCUGCCUGGAGCUAAGUCGUUUGGCGGACUUGAUGUAUUCAAGGUUCUUAUGGUCGGUCCAAACGAUAAAGGGAACCCCCGAACCCUCCAACCAAUGACGCCACUCCUCCAAAGCGAGUUUGACAGCCAACAACUCCCUAUUACCAAUGUCGUAGUUACGUUCUGCGGGAGAUAAUCGGUGUGAAAAAAACGCGCAAGGAUGAAUUCUGUCGUCCGAGGAUGCACGCUGGGACAGGAUAGCGCCCACCCCCACCUCUGACGCAUCAACCUCCACCACAAACUGCCGGGAGGGAUCAGGAGUCACCAGAAUGGGGGCUGAAACAAAGCGGCCCUUUAAUUUUGUGAAUGCAGCCUGUGCUGCACUCGACCACCUGAAGGGAGUCUUGGAAGAGGUUAAGGACGUCAGAGGGGCGGCGAGCUGGCUGAAAUUGCGAAUAAAACGCCGGUAAAAAUUGGCGAAGCCCAGAAAUCUCUGCAGGGCCUUACGAGACUCCGGAAUUGGCCAAUUCACCACAGCCUGAAUCUUCUCUGGAUCCAUGCGCACCCCCUCGACCGACACAAUGUGUCCUAGAAAUGGAACAGACUGUGCAUGGAACACGCAUUUCUCCGCCUUGACAAAAAGCCCAUUCUCUAGCAGCCUCUGAAGCACUCGCCUGACGUGCUGCACAUGUUCCUGGAGAGAACGGGAAAAAAUCAGAAUGUCAUCCAGGUAGACAUAAAUAAACUGAUCUAUCAUAUCUCGCAACACAUCAUUAACGAGUGCUUGGAAAACUGCGGGGGCGUUGGAAAGUCCAAAAGGGAGAACACAAUAUUCAAAAUGACCCCUGGGGGUAUUAAAUGCAGUUUUCCAUUCAUGACCCUGCUUAAUGCGAACCAAAUGAUAUGCGUUGCGGAGAUCUAAUUUCGUGAAAAAAGAUGCCCCUUGCAGACGCUCGAAUGCUGAAGACAUCAGCGGCAAAGGAUAUGUAUUCUUCACCGUGAUGUUGUUCAGCCCUCGAUAAUCAAUGCAAGGUCGAAGAGACCCAUCUUUCUUUUUCACGAAAAAGAACCCCGCCCCCGCCGGUGAAGAAGAAGGGCGAAUGAUCUUAGCCGCUAGAGAAUCAGAAAUGUAUUUCUCCAUGGCCUCCCUCUCAGGAAUGGAAAGAGAGUAUAACUUGCCUUUAGGCGGAGAUGUACCUGGCAACAAAUCUAUAGCACAGUCAUAGGGACGAUGAGGAGGCAGAGAAGCAGCCCGAGACUUACUGAACACUCUCUUCAGGUCAAGGUACUCACUGGGCACGUUUGACAGGUCCAUGCGCUCCUCCUGAAACACAGAACAAGACACAGCAGAACGAGCAGACGAAAGACAACACUCAUGACAGUUCUCACUCCACGAAAAUAUUGUAUUAAGGCCCCAAUUGAUAUGAGGUUUAUGGAGCACCAACCAAGGAUGCCCUAAAACCACCGGUGUGUUAGAACAGUCUGUUAAAAGAAAUGGUAUGUGUUCAACAUGAUUUCCGGAUGUAAUAAGCUUUAUGGGUUUGGUAGAGUGAGUGAUUGUGGGAAGAGAAAUCCCGCUGAGGGCGCGUACAGAAAUAGGUUGUGAAAGAGCGAUAACCGGAAGUUUUAAACUGAAAGCAAAACUAGAGUCAAUGAAAUUCCCCUCUGCCCCGGAAUCAAUAAGGGCAUGGGUGUUCUGGGUUCCGGAACCCCAAGAUAAGGUAGCGGGCAGUAAUGUAGUCGCCGCAGAGGGUUUAUUCAGACUGAUUUCACCCAUCAGUAACCUCUUACCUACUGAUGGGUGUUGUCUUUUACUGGACAAGAAUUCACGCGGUGUCCAGCGCCACCACAGUAGAGGCAGAGUCCCUCAUUUCUCCGUCGCCGCUUCUCCUGCACGGACAGGCGGGAUCUGCCCACCUGCAUGGGUUCCGGGUCAACACCUCCCACUUCCGCCGCCGCAGCCAAAACCAGAGGGUCCGAGACUGGAUCCGAAUGUCUCCCGUGCUGCAUGCGAUUCUCUCGGCGAAGUAGUCUGGUAUCCACUCGGAUAGCCAGAUCUACUAGUUCGUCCAGAGUCUUAGGGAGUUCCAAUGUAUAGAUCUCGUCCUGCAGACGAUCAGACAAACCAUGCAGGAACAUGUCCCACUGUGCCUCCAUGUUCCAGCCGCAUUCAGCGGCCAAGGUCCGGAACUCGAUCGAGUAAUCCGCCACGCUCCGACUCCCCUGCCGGAGCUCAGCGAGGACUCGGGCGGCCUCUCUCCCGGAAGCGGCCCGAUCAAAAACCUUCUUGAGUUCCUUAGAGAACAGUUCAAACGAAGCACAACAUGGCAGCUUUUGUUCCCAGGCUGUGGUCCCCCACAGAGCCGCCUUUCCCGAAAGGAGAGUUAUGACGAAGGCAACCUUAGACUGCUCCGUGGAAAAUAGUGACGGUUGCAACGUUAUAUACAAGGAACAUUUAGACAGGAAGGACCGACACAAGUGAGGCUCUCCAGAAUAACAGGUCGGGGGAGGAAGGCGAGGUUCGACAGCACGGUUGGCAACCACUGGUGCUGGUAGAACUUCUGGAGCUGGUACAGCUGCAACUUGUGCCGCUCCAGUAACCAGCUGCUGGACCUGAGUGGUAAGCAGAGACACUUGGCCGACCAAAGUCUGAAUGGCCUGUGCGGUGGUAGCCAAAGCCUCAUCCUGCCGAUCAAUCCUGGCAUUGCUGAGCGAGACGAAAUCCGAGAUCUGUGAUAUACUCGCUGGAUCCAUAUUCAGGUCAGUUCGUUUUGUUACGUAUAAGAUACGGGGGAAGGAUCCAAAGUGCAAGUAAAAAAUGUUUAUUUGACACAGUCAAAAUAACCAGACAGGACAGGGAAAAAUGAGUGAGAGAACGAGGGGUAAGGGUGGUAGCAACCGGGAGACAGACAGACGAUAAUCAGGUCCAGCAGACACUCCUCACAGUCCUGAGCACAGACAGACAUACAUGAGCAAACACAACGAACUGACAAGGAAACAUAGAACUGUAGCCCAGAUAUAGACCCACAAAUGAACCUCAGCUGUCGAGCUAAUCAAAACAGCUGAGUAUCGGCAUGACACGUGACCAUAACAAAUACACGUAGACAACCAAAACAAAACAAACCCACGUGACAAAACAGACGCUCCGGAAAGCGCACAAACCUGCAAUCGUGACAGUUAUUGCCUAGCAGGCACACAAUGUCAUAAGACGUUAAUAUUAGGUUGAAUUUAGGUUGUGAUGUCAGAUGACCAAAAUUCAAUGUCUAGCCAGCAUCUGUCAUUUUGAUGUCCAUUAACGACGUCAAAUGACGAUGUUGGUAUUUGUUUGAUUUUAAGUUGUGUUAGAAAGUAACCAAAAUCCAACGUCGAGCCAACAUCUUAAACCAACGCCAUAUUGACGUCAAAUACUGACAUUUAUUCGUUAGGUAUGGCAACCAAAAUCCAACUUUUGAUAGGCGUCAGAGUGGUAACGUUCACACAACGACAAGCUGUAACGUAACAUCAUUAAACGUUGAUAUUUGGUUGAUUUUUAGGUCGCACGUUGAGUUCUGACGUCAACCAGAUUUUCAUUUCCAAACAAAAUGCAACGUUCCCACAACCUUGGGAUACAACUUCAAUCUGACGGCCAUUUCCAUUUUUUAAGGCCAUUUCGGUCUUCAUACAGCAUCUGAACAGUCUCUGGGCUAACGCGUGUUAAGAUUUUGGACAUCUUCUUGGACACUUUUAACGCUUCCAAACAGUUUGCUGCAAUUAUAAAUCGCCCAUGUCUCAAGGUUGUUCAUUAUGCUGCGAUUUACUUUCUAUGUGCGAUUUGAUUGGACAGGAAUCACAGGACUGAUUUUUCUAAUCCCCAUAGAAAAAAAAAAAAUAAAGCAGUGACUGCAGGUUGAAGGAAAACAGGGGAGUAAAAGUACCGAUACAGCACUAAAAAUGUACUCAAGGGAAAGUUAAAGUACAUAUUCUAUUAUAUUAUAUUAUAUUAUAUUAUAUUAUAUUAUAUUAUAUUAUAUUAUAUUAUAUUAUUUAUUAAUUUGGGUUGCCAAAGUGGAAUGAACCGCUAACUAAUCCAGCAUAUGUUUUACACAGCGGAUGCCCUUUCCAGCUGCAACCCACCACUGGGAAUUAUAUUAUAUUAUAUUAUAUUAUAUUAUAUUAUAUUAUAUUAUAUUAUAUUAUAUUAUAUUAUAUUAUAUUAUAUUAUAUUAUAUUAUAGCAUUACAUAAAUAAGAUUGUUUUUGCAUUAAAGGGCUAGUUCACCCAAAAAUAUUAAUUAUUUACGCACCCAUAUUUGUUCAAAACCUUCCUCUCUUUUGUUGAACAUUAGGUAUGUUUCCAUCCAUUUUGGAUAUGUGCAUAAUAACUGGUUGAUGGUAACACCAAGAUGCGUAUCAAUUUUGAAAAUGGGCAUAAAAACAUAUGCGAAUAAGUGAGUAGAAUAAAGUUUUUAUUCGGUAAGGAAAGAUGCAGAUCAACUAUAAUGAAAACACUUUUACUGAACAAAUUCCAGUAUGCGCAUUAAAAAGGUCAUGUGAUUUUGUUAUAAGAGAUCAUAUGAUGAUAAAAAUACCUGUGAGUGGACAAACCAGCAGCCUGAGCUCAUUGUAAAAUAGGGCUGGGCGAUAUGGCAAAAAGGCAAUCUCGAUAAUUAUUUUGCAUAUUGAAGAUAAUGAUAUAUAUUUUGUAAAUUUAUAUUUUAUAUUCUCGAUUAUAUAAGUUCUUAAUGCUUCCAGAUUUGAAAGAGUAUCACAACAAUGAUUGAAGCCAGAAAUAUUAGAGGGUCCAUUAAAUGCCAUAACAUAUUUUUCGGCUGAUAAAUUCAGAACAUCUCUAAUAUCAAUACACUUUAGAUUCUCAUUGUUGCACAUUUCUGCUGUGUGAUUGGCUCUUAGAUCAAUAUGGAAUAAAAAAGUCCAGACCUCACUAUUGUUAUUGACAUAAAUUUUAUCGCGAUUCGAUAUAAUAUCGUUUAUCGCCCCUGAAAUGUUGUUUUGGUCAUUCUAAAACGCCAUGAGCAUCUCAGUAUUAGUGUUAUUUUAUUAUUAAUGAGUUCCGGAAUUGUCAAAGUGUCUGCGCUCCGCGUCUCACACCUCUAAACGCCACCAUGCGUUCAAUACGUGUCGGCAUUCUCUUCUGAGGUGCAAGUUAUUUAUUAAAUAAAGAAAAGAUUCACGCAGCUUCUUAGACCACAGCAAAAUACGUUUUUAUAUUUGAUAUUUGGCGCAAGUUAAUAAGGAAGUGACGAUUUUGUUCUCUUUGACUCAUUGGAUGGAAUUGCUGCUUUUAUUUGCACGUCUUUUAUGCCAUAUUUCAGUUUUGCGCAUAAAUUUAAUUCGCAUUUUUGGAUGGAAACAGCUAUUACAUCCAUUGACUUCCAUAGUAUUUUCUUUUUCUAUUAUGGAUGACGAUGUGUGCCUUCUUCAAAAUAUCUUCUUUUGUGAGAAGAAAAACUCAGAUAGGAUUUGAAAAAAUUAGGGGUUGUUUUAAAAUUUCCAUUUUGGGGUGAACUUUCCCUUUAAGGUAAUGACAGUAAGCAGAGGAAAUGAACACAACAAUGCAUAAAAAAGACACACACAUUUUUGUAUUUGACGUUUCUUUGCGAGAUUCACCUUAUAAAAGUACUCUAGCUCUUAUACGCGAAUUGUUGUGUAAUGCAGGAUUAGGUCCUGUGUGUAUUUGUGUUUUUAUUUUGUACUUCGAAUGUUUAGUCGCCCCCCCUUCCCCCUCGCGCAAAUCCAAUCGCAUCAAAAUAAAAACAUCAGGAAUGUUCGUGGCCCAAUCACAUCCCUGCGCCAGCUGAAAGGUAUUUAUGCAUCAAGUCGCUUUCCACGAUUUAGUUUUUCUCGUGCCUCAUCUCUCUCAGUCUGUUGAGAGCGUAUGCCAAACCGGGAUUUCGUCCACGUACGGGCCCCCGUGGAUAACAUCACUACAUGUAUGGACGAAUUUGAUGUACUGUAAAACUUAUAUAAGCUAGAAACAACUUUCUCUUCGAUCUGUAAUCACACAAAAGAGAAUUGUUUCCUUUAUGUUGUCGUAAUGUGCUUUGCAUUAGAUCAAUGCAUUUUUUUCUACUUAGUGCCGUCACGGUUGAUAAGCUAAAUCGCUGAGGACAGCAGUUACUGUUUGCAAAAAAUAAAAAAUAAAAAAAAACUGGCAGCUGAUCGUUUCCAGUUGAAAUGAAGCUAUCUGGACAUCAUGUUACCAAUACGCCAUUGAAGGCUGCAGCUCUGUCAUCCAUUGGACUGUGCUCGAGUUUCUUUUUGACCAUGGAUGGGAAUUUCCGUGGCGUCGUCUUGCCUUUUUAAAUUGGGUCCUAACUACUUUAUGCAUUUUUCUUUCCUGCUCUACUUAGUAGCUAUCAUAAACCAUCAGGUGCUCUACAUACUUAGUGUCCGGACUUCUCAGUCUUCUAACGGUUGUAGCACUCUCGUAGAUCUCAUCACUUUUAACAUCACAACGAGAGCAUCCUGAUUGACAGUGUUUCCAAUAGUACUACCAUGUACUGCCUGUUUUAAGAUACUGUUCCCUUUUAUUUUUGAAGGGAGUUGUCUGUUAAUGGAAGUUAUAUUAUUUUCCUUUCCAAGGGCUCAUCCUUGAUUUUUCUGCCACCACCUUCAUCCCAAUAAAAGCAUUAAAUUAUUUACUUUACCUACAACA